GUUGGCAUCGGGGUGGGAUCAACUGAAGGAGUUCCUGCUGGCGGAGGGGCUAGCGUAUUACCAGCAGGUCCCACCGAACCAGAUGGGCAUCGACAUUCGGAACCGCAGCGGUUCGUUAGUGAACCCUGCGCGGGCUCACAAUUUAGGCGCGAAGAUUUGCGCCCAGGGCUUCGUCUUGGCCAAGACGGCUGCAGCCACUGCCUUCGAGGCCCCGCAGGGGGCGCAGUUGGAAGAGACCGCGAUGGCGAACGACCGCCUUUCGCGGCUCAGCGGGGGUCGGUGCCCCCCGCUGGACUCAUUGCGGUAUACGUCAGUGGGCGGCUCCCACACGAACGUCUUCCUCCGCUGCGUGCUGGCCAAGGUGCCGACCACAGUGAAGCACGCGGUGGCCAAAGUGAAGGGCCUCAAGAACUUCGUGCAGAGGGCUUUGAACGCCGACGUCAGGGAGGCGGUUCACGAGACCGAGAUCAUUCGGUCAGGUGAGCGGAUGCUCUUGGCACACAGCCUCGCCGAGGGUUCCAGCAAGCCCGAUUGGCGCGACAUCGCCGAGCAAGCGGGCCACGCGAACCCACCUUGCAAGGCGUGGAUCGCUGACUUGUGCAAGUUUGUUGAGCUCGGGCCACAAAACGGAGAAAUUCUCCGUGAAACAGAUGAAGCCCUCAAGACCUUCAUGAAUGUGGACGUCUCGGGGCAAAUUUUGAUGUGCGGCUCUGAAUUUUGGCGCAAGUUGAAUUCGAUUAAAUUGGGGAAGCACCAGGAGUCGCACCCGCAUGUCGCAGCGGCACUCGUGAAG